AUGCACCACGAUGUCGUACCACCAAUUAUGCACCGGGACAUAUCAAGUAAGAAACUUUUGCUGGAUUCUGAAUAUGAUGCCUCUGCUUCAAACUUUGGCACUGCUAAGUUUUUGAAUCGAGACUCAACUAAUUUGACUGUCGUUGGAGGCACAUAUGGAUAUGUUGCACCAGAGCUUGCAUAUACAAUGGAAUUGAACGAGAAAUGCGAUGUUUAUAGCUUUGGAGUGGUCGCAUUGGAAAUAAUUAAGGGGAGGCAUCCUGGAGAUUUUUUCUCAUCAUUCUCAUCAGUGCCUUCUUCGUCUUCAUCGUCAUCAUCAUCUGCAUUAGCAGCCCAUCAAAUGUCAAUUGUGGAUGUUCUAGACCAACGCAUUUUGCCUCCAACGCAUCAAGAAGCAGGGGAAGUUCUCUCUCAUGUGAAGAAUGCAUUUUCAUGCUUGCAUCCCAAUCCGCGAUCCCGUCCAACAAUGAAACAUGUUUCUCAACCCCUUUCAACUCAGAAGCUGCAUUUUUCGAAGCCACGUAUGAUAGCCUGCGGAGAAUUGCGUACUCUAGAUCCUUUGACCACCUGA